UUUUUUUUAUUUGAUUUCAAAAAUGAAUGAAGGCGCAUUUUCUUGUCAUACUGACUAUUCAACUAUUGAAGGAGAGAAUUUUAAUAAGAGGAGAAGCAGUUGUUGCUCUUUUUGCGAAACAAAUCCAAGCAUGUUGAACGUACUUGAACACAGAACUUUACAGAUGACUCCUCCACUAGAGAAUGUCUAUUUUGAGCAAGAUGAAGACCAACCUUUUACAGGAAUCUAUCUGCUGAACUUAUUCCUAGCACCCAAUAUGACCAGAUAUCUUAAAGAGGCUUCUCCUUCAGACGACGUCUAUACUUUACCAUUACAUCUUCAGCGCCUCCUCUGUGAAGCAAGAAUGGAGGUUAUGAUCAAAGAGAGUGAUUCUCAGGACACAAAUGGAUAUGAAGCUGUUAAAAGGUUGGAAAAGCUAAAGGCAUAUGUGAACAGUAUAUCUCAUGAUGACGCAGAAAUUAUUAUAACAACUUUAAAUCGACUUGUUCAUGACGAAGAUGAACUGUCAAAUAUUAUUGGAGACUAGUUUAUAUCAUUUUCUCACCAUUUAUUGGUCUUAUUCCAUCAAAUAAACUCACCUUUUUUUUUUCUGUUCCUUAAAA